UAAAAACAUGGCGGUGGCAAAAUGAGAUUGAGAAUAUAACGUUUUCGUGCGUUUUGGUCCAUUUUUUUGAGAUUCUGAAAGUAAUAUUGUCAUUGUAAAUAAUGGAAGGUAGAGACAGAGAAGACUUUGAUGGAGGAAAUGAGCCCCGGGGUUUCACAAACUGGGAGAAACAAUGCAUCGAGCAGCUCGAGUCCCAACCCGAUGUCGACGACAGAUCAGCAAUUGAAAAAGAGCAAGCCUUGCAGCGUUUGAGGAAUCUGUUUCAGAACGCAGCAACGGCUUGUGCCCAGCUUUACAAAGAGCGACAGAGUCGGAGCCAAACUUGUGAUCGAUUAUGGAGCCCUUUCCAAGACACUGCAAACACCAUAACGCUUCUUUAUAAAGAUGGUGCUGAUGCUUACAAGCGUGGCUUGGACUUGGGCUUCCAGUCUGGAUAUCAAAAACGUAGUAAAGAUGUCCUUUCUUGGGCAAAGAAGAAAAAGAGAAUUAUUCUUCGUGAGGAAUUGUUGGCAUAUUUGGCAGGCCGUUCACCUCCAAGACGGAAUCAUGAGGCAAGACACACUUCAAGUACAAGUUUAGGAUCAAAUUCAAUGGUUCUGCCAUCUGGAAUGGACUCUGAUAUUUUAGGCACUGAUGCACAGUACUAUGGGACACCUGUAGAUACCUUUACUGUUCGACCUGAACUUAACGCAGCUGCUUACCUCACUGCUGGUGGGGGCAUGAACUCAUAUCAUAGUCCUCGCCGCAGAAGCCACUCCGACAUGAACUUUGGAGAUACAGAAGUUAGGGAAGGAAGAAAACGGUCAGCAUGUUCAACAGACAUCGUUAUGGAGUCACCUUCCCACAAACGAAACCGCUACUACUAAAUAGGGUGCUAUAACCUUUAUUUGUCCAUAAUUUUCCAAAACAAUGAGAGAUGAAAACAAGCUACUAUGUUACUAGGAAAUUGAAGUUUCAGUUUUGUAAAGCUUUUGGUACAGUUACAAAGAUUAACUGAAUUGUGCUGUGUAUGAUGAAAAGAAUGAUAGUAAAUAGUGUGUCAAACUAUUAUAAAACUGUUAUCUCUGCAAUUUUUCUUUUAAAACAUGUCUUCUGAGAGAGAAGCUCGUACCCAGCAAGUGCUAAUCAAGUAUUGGAACUAAGAACUCAUUACAGUUUGAGCUUCUGUUUCAUGUACAUGUAAUCAAAUAAUAGUUAUCACAGCAAAUGAAAGAAGCUGUAUAGUAAUAAGUGAUUUUAUUUAACCCUUGAAACAAAAUAUAACAAUUGAAUAUUUUGAAUUUUCCAACUCAAAGAAAAAAAACAGCAGAAUUAAGGAUCAGUAAUCAGUACUGUAUCAUUUUUUCAUUUCCCUCCUCUAUUUGAAAGCAUGUAAAAAUGUUUAUUCAAAUAACAACACCUCGAGCUGAAAA